AAGCAUCAUUUUUACCUGCCAGGUGGCAACCCUAUCAAAUGAUAGAAUUAGCCCAAUAUCACCCACUCAAGGUGGGCAUAGUGGGAGAAAAUACACUCGUUUGAUAACUUCCCCAAACAAACGGAUCUUACCGUGUAUGGCCACCUUUACUCUGAUUCACACAUUUGACCGAGGUUCUCUGCUCUUCUCCAUACAGCAUCAUCUGGAAGUUAUAAUGGUUGGCGAACGUACAUGUUGGACGUACUGUAAAAUUUCAGUCCUCACUAUAUUCUCAUUUUCUACAUUCUACUUCUUCAUAACAAGGAGAGACCAUUUUCAUAUCUCAUACUCUUCAUCAAAUCCUUCAGAACUCAAUGAGCAGCUAAACCCUCUGGAACCCAACCCACAACCAAGCCUUUCUGGACUCAAGCCACAACCAAACCCUUCAGAACCCAAGCCACAGCCAACUGAAAGCCCUGGUUUGGGCCUACCUUUGUCUACUACAAGACACCCAUUGACACCCCCUUAUCCCUAUCCUUAUAAGUUUCUCCUGAACCCACAAGAAAAAUGCCAGAAGCAGAAUCCCUUCCUUAUUUUACUUGUGAUCGGAGAGAGCCAUGAUAUCAACUCACGAUUAAUCAUUCGGGAAACCUGGGGAAAUGAAAGUAACUACAUAGAUGUUGCUGUGGUCACGGUUUUCCUGGUUGGGGUCUCUGUGACUGCGACAGACAGGGUGCAGGAGCAGUUAGAAGAGGAAAUGAACAUCUAUGGGGACCUAGUACAGCAGGACUUUACGGAUACCUAUUAUAAUUUGACUCUUAAAACCCUAAUGGGCAUGGAGUGGAUUUCUAAAUAUUGCCCAGAUGCCAGUUACGUAAUGAAGAUAGACAAUGAUAUGUUUCUCAAUGUGGACUAUCUUGUACAUCACCUCCUGCAACCAGGAUUACCAGUCCGUCAGAACUACUUUACAGGAUAUAUUGUAGCCAACACAGGUCCUUUAAGAGCCAAGGAAUACAAAUGGUAUGUCCCCAAGGAAGUGUAUCCUAAUGACACUUAUCCCCCAUACUGCUCUGGUCCUGGCUAUGCCUUCUCUGCUGAUAUGGCCAAAAAGAUUUACCAUGCAGCCCAGACGAUUAGGGUGGUGCCAAUGGAGGAUUCCUUUAUGGGAAUCUGCUUGUACGAAAUGAAGAUCCCACCCACUAACCCACCUCCUAAUAUAUUUAAUGGGCACAGGAUAAAUUACGACCUCUGCCUGUUUAACAAGUUGAUCACAGUGCACCAUUAUAGGGGGGAUGAACUGCGGGACGUAUGGAAGGACUUCUGGGCUAAGAGGUCGGGGUGCAAGGACUAAAGACUGAUAUGGUAUAAGGGUCAGUUGUAAGUCUAAGAAAGUGACUUUAGAAAGUACUGUUCUACAUAUAAAUGAAAAGGGGAAAUAUUUCAUAACUGAUCUUUAUCCAGUAUAUGGAACAGUUGUCAGUAGUUAUUAUCUUUUAUUCACAUAGUGCGGGCAUGUUUAACAGCAUUUUCAUUGCUUUCUGCACUAGAAGAGCCAAAACUCAGAUUGGGAAAUCAGAAUUUUGGCUCUUGACAGCCAGCGCCCAUGGUUGUGGGAGAGAGUGCAUCGUUGGGCCCCUGUCAUAACUAAAUGGCAGCUUAUAUAUGCAUGCUCCCCACCCAUAAUCAUAACUCCCAUUUACCUUCUAUCAUUUAACAAACAUAAAAGAGGUGAGGUGCAAAGUGCAAAA